UGUCCAACCUGUGAAUCAGCCAUCAAAGAUUCAAGGUAGACAAGUUCAUCUGACACUACAUGAGGUAAGAUGUACAUUAACACUAAGGUACCAAAAGCAAUACUGAACCAGUUCUAAUCAGAAGUGCUUCCCCAAUCAGUUAUUUCAGCUCUAUGUGAACAGAGAAAUAUUUAUGUACCAUCUUUAUGUUCCAUCUCUAACUGUUUUAUUUAUACGUUCACAGUUAAACAGUACUUGGGAAGAGAAUCAGAACAUGAAAAUGGAGGAAUCUGCUUUAAUAACAGGUGGGUGUUGUUAAAGUUCACUUUCUUUGUCUGUUAUAAAUCAUGAAAGAGACAUUAGGGAGACAUUAAAUUUCAUCUGAUAGACUAGACAUCAUUCAUUUCCUUUUUCAGAGCUCGAAGUCAGUUAUGUGAAGGUACUUCACCAAACAAUAUUCAAGGUUUUCAAAAAUCAAGGGAAAAAACUGAAACAAACCGAAAUGCAGUUAAAGGCAUCCAAGAUGGAUUUGGAAAGAGUCUUACAACAACUAGAAACAAUCACAGAAAAAGCUGGUCUCCUUCCAAAUGAAAAACGCAUUGAUUUGAAAGAAUCACACUUUCAGCAAAUAGAAAAACAACUGCUACAAAUAACGAAACACAUCGAAGAUAAACAGAUUCAGUUUGAGGAGAAAGUCACACAACUGGAGAAUAUGAGCAAACAGAUGAGUGAGAAAGAGAAACUACUGGAGCGCAUAAUUAAAGAGAUGGAAACCAGUAAACAACAGCUGGAGACACUGAGACAGGAGCAAAGGAGACAUGAGGAGAUGCUGGAGAAGAAAGAGCAGUUGAGGAUUUCAGAGUUGAAUGAAAAAUCCAAAUGUCUUGAAGAAACAAAAUCUCUUCUAGAAGAGAGAGAGAGAAAGAUUAAAGAACUGGAGAAAGAGAAACAAAGACUGGAUGAAGAACUUCAAGACAAAGACAGACAUCUUAAGGACAUUAAUGCUAAACUGAUGCAAACCGUCAGAGAGGUUGGAAAGAAACAAAAUCAGCUUCAGGGGAAACACACACAACUGGAGAAUAUACACAAAAUGUUAUGUGAGAAAAUGAGACACCCAGAAAACAAAGCAAAAGAGCUGGAAGCCAGUACAUGUCAGUCAAAGGAAAAAGAAACUGAAAGCACAAAUCUGGAGAAAUAAGUGUUCAGAACAGAUUUUUAAAAUAAAUUUUAAGGCAUCAAAACAUCGGGGUAUCUCAAUUUUAAGUACAUGCAUUUGGUGCAGUGUUUUAAAAA